CCGCGACUUCCUGUCGCUGUAAUUCCUCAGUGCUAACGGAGAGGCUCCCUAUUUUAUCCUAGCUAGCUAACUUCACAAACAGAAAAAUAAUAACAAUAAAUGUACUAUAAAUUAUUGUAUGAUAUUACGUUUCAGAAUAAUACAGCUGUUAAAAUGUAAACGAAUAGAGAGCUAAUUCAUUUUCUUUAUCAAAUCGUUUCCGUUAGAUUCAUAUUAUUGAAUGUUAUAAUGCUAGUUCAGGACUCUACAGAUUUGCCUAACGGCAGCUAGCAGGGAGUUUUACUGUGUUUUUUGUGUGUUUGUCGCUAAAACUAGAUCGUCACCAGACAAGGACACAUUGUCACUCAGCUGCAGAAAUCAAACUUUUCUUUUUGUAGAGCGAUAUCGAUUUGCGUUGACACCUGUUAGCUAGCGCGGCUAGCUAGCGCUCUCCUCGCACUGAUUCUACUGGAAAUGGUAGACGCCCUCAUGUGCCCAUGGAAAAGGCGGCUUUCGAGGGGUGGCUGGAGUCAGUUUCUACCACCUUCCUGGCGCUAAGUGACCAGCAGCGCAACCAAUCGCUGGACCACCUCAUCUCACUGAGCAGUGCCGCCCAACUGCGACACCUGUCCAAUAGGCUGGAAGCGCUGCUGAAGCGGGAUUUCCUGCGCCUGCUGCCGUUAGAGCUGGCCUUCUACCUGCUCCGCUGGCUGGACCCCCAAACCCUGCUCACCUGCUGUCUGGUGUGCAAGCAGUGGAAUAAAGUCAUCAAUGCCUGCACAGAAGUGUGGCAGAGUGUGUGUCAAGACCUUGGCUGGCGCAUUGAUGAGUCCAUCCAGGAUGCGACUCACUGGAAAGGUGUUUAUCUAAAGGCCAAACUGCGCAUGAAGCAGCUAAGGGAGGAGGAUGCUUUUGAGACCAGCUCUCUCAUUGGACACAGUGCUCGGGUAUAUGCUCUCUACUAUCGGGAGGGGCUCCUCUGCACAGGUUCUGAUGACCUGUCAGCCAAAUUAUGGGAUGUCCGCACAGGGCAGUGCAUUUACGGCAUCCAGACCCACACUUGUGCAACUGUCAAAUUUGAUGAGCAGAAACUGGUAACAGGGUCUUUUGACAACACCAUUGCAUGCUGGGAAUGGAGCACUGGAGCCAAAAUCCAGCAAUUUCGAGGACAUACUGGGGCGGUAUUCAGCAUUGACUACAAUGAUGAGUUGGACACCCUGGUCAGCGGCUCAGCAGACUUCACUGUAAAAGUCUGGUCCCUGUCUUCAGGAACCUGUGUCAACACUUUCACUGGGCACACAGAGUGGGUCACCAAGGUGCACCUUCAAAAAAGCCAAGUGGAAUCCAUGAUGCACAGUCCUGGAGACUACAUACUACUGAGUGUUGAUAAGUAUGAAAUAAAGGUGUGGCCAAUUGGCCGUGAGAUCAACUGUAAGUGCUUAAAGACUCUAUCCGUAUCAGAAGACCGCAGUGUCUGCUUGCAGCCGCGAUUACAGUUUGACGGCCGGUACAUUGUCUGUAGUUCAGACUUGGGCAUAUACCAGUGGGACUUUGCAAGUUUUGAUGUCAUCAGAGUCAUCAAGCCACAGCAGGACCCCUCCAACUUCUCUCUGCUUAGUUUCGGUGAGGUGUUUGCUCUGCUCUUUGACAACCACCACCUCUAUGUUAUGGACUUGAGGACUGAGGUCACUGUGGGUCGCUGGCCACUGCCAGCCUACCGCAAAUCCAAGCGUGGCUCUAGUUUCUUACCGGGCGUCACCUCCUGGCUCAAUGGACUGGACGGCAAGAACGAUGCGGGCCUGGUGUUUGCCACCAGCAUGCCCGACCAUAGCAUUCAUCUGGUUCUUUGGAGAGAGAAUGGGUAGAAAGGCAGAGGAGGUUAAUACUAGCCCUGAGCUUUGAAAGCAGGUGGGACUUUUACAAACAUAAAAAAAAGAAAAAAGGGUGCUUUCAAUUUGGAAAAUAUUACAGCCAACCCAGUUAGAUAAUGCAUGGACCAAAGUGUUUUUCCCCUCCUCGCCUUUGUUGCCAUUCGCAUUAGGGAUUCACUCUUGCUUCAGUUUCUUUCUUAGUCACUGGUAAACUACGAAUUCAACACAGUACAAUCUAUAGAAAAGAAGACGGCUGGAGAUUUACAGUUCAGGCCAUAGUUUCUCUCCAUAAUGUGAACAAUCCAAGGUUGUUGUUAGUUGAAGAUUAAGGAGAGAUUUCCGCUGAACUUCAGAGUUUCGUUCCUUUUGAUUUCACACUAGUGAGGGAUAGUGAAGUGCUAUAGCACAACUAGAGCACAGAUCGCUUCACGGCAAGCAUGAACAGUUGGCGUGUUUUUAAAGCACAAUCACUAAGAUUGACAAUGAAGUAAUUUGUUUUGUUACCUUUUCAACAAAUUUGCGUUUCUUUACACGUCAAGAAUUUUCUUUUGGACACAGAGAUGUUGCCUUGAAUCUGUGAUUUCCUAUUGAAGAAAUUGAAUUUGCAGACCUCUGCAUCUAUAGGCGCUGGCUUGCGGCCCAAAUAUAUGGGUUGGUCCUUUUACUGAGUUUUCAACCAAAUGGCUUUUGUUUGUAUGAAGGUCAUUCAGAAGUGGCUUCUCGUUGUUACUGACCCUUGGUUUUAUUUUUCAUUCAGUUUAUUGGUCGUGUGCCUUUGUUUUAACACUUAACUGCAUUUGCAUUUACAGCGCGUCACAUUUUGAAGUCCAGUCCUCCCUCAAUGACAAUGAAAGAAGAAUACAUUUUAUGUUUUUUGUUUUUUAACCUAAUGAAAUUGAUACUGUAAGAAUUAGUCUUACCGCUAUUAGGCCAGACUAGAUCACACAAAAGUGUUUCUUGUGAAUCUCAUUGAAUGUUCAUUUUUAAUCUUUAUUUUUAAAGAGUGAUCUUAUUUUUUGCAUAAUCCAGGACUAACCAGCCUUUGUCACUUUAUGAAGCUGCUUCUGUAGUUCUGUAUAUCCCACUGGGACAUAGUUCAAUAUAGCUUUUUAUUUUCUCAAACCAUCAAAACUAAGUAUUUUGGGUUUAUAGUUUAAUGCAUUUUUCAUCUUGCUCACACAUUUCAGAGGAUAGAAAGUGGGUAACAUUUAGAUUAAAUGAAAAUAUCAUUGGGGGUUAUGAUGUCUGUAUGCACCGCUCGUGUGUUACUUCACUGAAAUGGAAACUCACAGACAGUAAUGGCAUCCAUCCAUCAUUAGCAAAUUUCAGGUCUGUGGUUUGUAUAACAAAAUAACAUGCUGUCUUAAAAAUAAACGACAGUAGCUAAUGAUAGAA